AUGGCUUAUAGAACUGUUUCAACAGUCUACUCAUGUGGACACACAUUCCUCAGAAAAGAGACCACCCCAGUCGGAACCUUCUUCGGCAUCGCUAAGCGUCUUUUCAAUAGCUCGCCUAUGGUACACGAAGCCAGUGAGCAAGUCUGCCACGCAUGCGAAAAUGACAGUGCUAAGUUAUCAGUGUCAAGGCCUGCUAGACAUGCACCACCUGCUUUGGGACACGAAGAAACCAUUUCGGUUAUUGCCUUGGGUGGAGCUUCUUUUGCAGUCGAAAAGUUGAAGAAGGUGCAACAGAACAUUGUUGCUCAGCAAAAGCAGAGCCUGAAACAGACACAGUUUAUGGGAGAACAAAUAGCCAAGCAGAUGCAGGCACAGGGUGACCUUGAUGGGGCUUUUAAGUUCUGGGAGGAAUUUCAUCAAGGGCAUGCCGAUGGCGCUAUUUCAACGAAUAGAAACUGUGCAAGGUGUAGUGAGAUGGGCGAAAUCCUCACCAACCCCGAAUACCGGGCUAAGACACCUUGCAAUGAUAAAUCAUUGGGUUCUAAUGCCCGAAGCUCGGAAAUAUACCAAACAGGCGGCAGCACUUCUAGGCAGAACUGCGCAGUGGAUGUCUGCGCUGAAACCAUACAAAAGGGUAUGGAACGAGACCACUCUGAAGACAGAAUCAAGGGUAGGUCACAAGAUGAAUCUGCAACUGGACCCGACGAGUUAAAAAGUUCUCACCAGGCUGAAGAAUCUCAGCGUCCAGAAUAUAGCCAAGAUGCCUACGCCGAGAUUCCAACCUCGCAAGACGGUUAUACCAUCCCAAGCCCAUACCCUCUUUGGGUGGGGAAUGAUUUACUUAGCUGCAUGCAACUCUCUCAAAGUGAACCUCAAGUCGAGGAUAUUUUCCCCGACAAUGAAGCAUGGGUCCAGGACUCCAGUGGUUCUUGGAACAUUUCCCCAGUCCGAUCCCACAAGGAAGCCAAAAGGCAACCUUUGACAGAGGAAAUCCCAAGGACUAAGAGCCGCUUUUUCAACCCAGCCUGCAAGUCCCAAGACACCGUGUCACCCUUUAGCUCGGUAGGUGCAAACAUUCUUGAGAGACUCCGGGAGUACUUUUGCUUACCUGUAGAUUUCCAAACUACGGAUAUGAAAAGAUUUUUUGACAAGAGACCUUUGAUCGUUGAAGAUGCUAGUGACUACCUUCGGAGUCCUCCGGAAUGGGGUAUAGAAAACUAUUGGCUGAAAGGGAGCACUCCUUGGCUCGAUCUGAGGGACAUGAUGAUCAUAGCCUCUACCCAUAUCAAUUGGCCGGUAAAUAUGGAAGAGAAAGGGCCAAUAAACAUGGAAGAGAAUGGGUAUAGUCCUUCGACUAGCAGUGGUUCAUACAUCUCAGAAAGCGAUGACGAAGACGACACUCGUUUAGCGGCCGUGUUAGUGCAUGUCCAAACCUGGAAAGGCCACCGAGAAGCCUAUAGAGACAGCUUCAUGGUGCAAGAACGAGCAACUGGCGAUGAAUUGGCCAAUGUUGCCUACUGUAGCCCAAUCAUUCCAGCCUCUCCUAGCUUCGUAGACACCACAAGGUCAUACCUGGUUAGUGUCAAAACAAUGCCUUCCAUCGCAGAGCAAAGGAUUGGCUAUCGCCCGAGAAAAAGCAGUUGUCUGCGGACAGAGCUCAUCGUUCUUUAG